GGGUUUGUUGUUCUCUGUUCUGUUACCUCAAAAGAAGACUUCAGAACAAUCCAACAGCUGGCUCACCUUCUGGAGAAAUUUAGGGAGGACGUAGGAAAAUUAAUUCUAAAAAAAUCAUUCCCUCUUCACUCCGUCCCCUGAUUAGAUUCUGUUUACUGUUCAGGUUUAAUGAGGGCACUGGAAUCAUUCUGGUGGCACUGGAAAGAUUAAGGUUGAACUGGAAGUAUCCUGAUGGGCACUGGAAAUAUUCUGGUGGCACUGGGAACAUAACUUGGGUCACUGGACACAUUGUGGGGCCCGGUGAAGGGUUUCGUCGGUCACUGGAGACCAGAGGGGCAGUGGAUCCGGCCGGAUGACACAGGACACCGCGGUGUUGGGUGACGUCACGGUGAUGUCACAUGGGGGUCAGAGAGCACCUUAAGGUGCUGAGCGGAGAGACGACGGGCAGAUCCUCUCCUCGACUCGCCCACGCCCGUGGUAAGACCUGCACCUCUCCGGGGAAACCUCGUUACGCCGCGACCAAUUAGUCUGUUAAUAAGGAGAGUUGCGGUUGUGUACCUAAGUGGAGUUUGAACUGUUCCUCUGUCCAGGAACCUGCACCACCUCUCCUCCACCUCGUCUCCACCUCUGCUCCACCUCCUCUCCACCUCGUCUCCACCUCCUCCACCUCUUCUCCGGCUCGUUGGUCUCAGCAGGAUGGAUUACCGAGGAACUGUCCGUCCCUUCGUCAACUUCAACCCAAAAUCAGAUGCCGAGUUCCUGAACAAGGCUAUGAAAGGAAUAGGAACGGACGAGGAUGCGGUGCUGAUGCUGCUGACGGCUCGUAGCAACGGCCAGCGACAGGAGAUCAAAGAGGCCUAUAAGAAGAGCUACAAGAAGGACCUGGUGAGCCAUCUGAAGUCUGAGCUGGACGGUUUGUUUGAGAGUCUGAUCGUAGCGCUGAUGACCCCCCCGAUCCUCUACGAUGCCUCGCUGCUGAACAAGGCCCUCAAGGGUGCAGGGACGAACGAUGAGGUUCUGAUCGAGGUCCUGGCGUCGCGGAGCCCAGAGCGGCUGAAGGAAGUCAUCAAGACCUACAAGAAAGAGUUUGGCGGGAAGCUCGAGAAAGACAUCAUGAGCGACACGUCGGGCCACUACGAAAAACUCCUGCUAGUCCUCCUUCAGGGGAGCAGGGAAGAAGGGGUUAACGAGGGAAAGAUUGAGAAAGACGCCAAGGACCUGUUUGAGGCAGGAGCCUCCAAGGUGGGAACAGAUGAAGAGGUGUUCAUCUCCAUCCUGGGCAAGAGGAGUCAUGAACACCUCAGACUGGUGUUCGCUGCCUAUAAGAAGCUGGCCGGGACUGACAUCGAGGAGAGUAUCAAGAGCGAGACCACCGGUAACCUGGAGAACCUCAUGGUGGCCAUCGUGAAGUGCGUUCGAAGUGUUCCCGCCUAUUUCGCUGUGUCGCUUUAUGGAUCCAUGAGGCGUGCGGGGACGGACGACGGGACCCUGAUCCGGGUCAUGGUGUCCCGGAGCGAGGUGGACAUGUUGGACAUCAGAGAGGUCUUCUGCCAAACCUACAAAGUGUCGCUGUACAACACCAUCCAGGAGGACACCAAGGGGGACUAUGGGAAGGCUCUCCUCUACCUCUGCGGUGGGAACGACCGCGCCAGAGACUUCUGAUGAUGCCCCCUCUGGGAACGGGACCUGGGCCGGGACUGGGACCUGGACCGGGACCAGGACCGGGACCGAGACCACCUCCUCAUCGACCCCCGUCUGUUGUCGUGGACGUCAGCCAUAUCCGGGAGUUUCAGAGCGAUGACCCCAUCACAUCUCAAGCUUCCCUCUGAACUUCUUGAGCUUUAAUGAGCCCGUAUCAUCUAUACAUAUUAAAUCUAACGAUAUGAAGGAGAUUCAUGGUGUGUCGCUGGGCUCUGUCCUCGUUUUUAUCUCAUUAAAUGUCUGUUUGGUUAACGUU